UUCAACAGCCCCUGCACAGCCCCAAGUCAGGCCUCCAGCUCUUGGACUCACAGAUCGCCCCUGUAGACGCCUGGAGGUCCUCCGGUGCUACCUUUUACCCCUGCAGCGGAGGGGCACACAGCCAGAGCCCUCCAGGUCCUCACCACUGGCAUUGCCAACAUGGUGGACGUUUUCCCUCUCAGAAUGAAAAGGGACUGAAAUUUCCCCAUGAUCUUUCCACAAAUGACCAUGCGGGGAAGUGGGAAAGGAAGGGCUGCAGUGCCUGGGGCAGGCACCCUUGGAACAGUUUUUGGAAAGGGAGAGGGGUAAAUAGAGUGGAGACAACGCUCAUGGAGUCCAGUAUGAGGCCUACCCAGAGCUGCUCGGCCACCCCUCUGCCUCUGAAUCAGGGGUGAUCAAUGAAGGAAAAUUACUGCAGCAAUGGAGUCCAUGUAAGAUGAUUGUGCACGAGUGUGUGUGUGUCCCCUCACUCACUUAAAAAAGACCAUUUCUGUGCGUUCUUGAUUCUGGGACCCUCCUCUGCCUCCCUCUCCAGGAAAUCCUGUAGGAUCCCAUACCUGCUUUAGAAUGUGUGUGAGACACUUCCCAGUGCCUGGCACGUGGUAGGAGCUCUGUACAUGUAAACUCUUUUCCUGUGACCACUCAAAGUAGUCACUUGUGGGGGAGGCCAACAGGGGCUUCCCCGGUCUCAGAGCUGAUGGGCAUCUGGCCCCUGCCUCCCUCUUCCUUCUCUGGCUGAUGACAAAUACCUGAAUGUCAUCACAUCCUCCCUGUCCUCAUCUGUUAUUCUGGAACACAGGCUGGGGAGGGUACAGGGUAGUCCCCCUUCAACAGCGGCCAGCCUUUCUUGGGAUGUGGGCUGACUGGUGUUGGUCCAAGGAUGGAUGCAGAGGGUGAGGCACCCAUCCUGCUAGUCCGGCCGGAUGCUAGCAGGAGGGCGGAGUGAGGAGGGGCGGAGCUUCCAGAACAAAGAAGAAUGGGGAGCCCGGGGGCCAGCCUAGGAAUCAAAAAGGCUCUGCAGAGUGAGCAGGCUACAGCACUGCCUGCCUCUGCCCCAGCAGUCAGUCAACCAGCGGCACCUGCUCCCUCUUGCUUGCCCAAGGCUGGGCAAGUCAUCCCCGCUCUGCUUCCAGAGGCCCCGUUUUCCAGCGUGAUUGCGCCGACACUGCUCUGUGGGUUUCUCUUCUUGGCGUGGGUUGCUGCUGAAGUUCCAGGGGAGAGCAGCAGGAUGGCCGGGAGCGGAGCCAGGAGUGAGGAAGGCCGCCGGCAGCAUGCCUUCGUCCCGGAACAUUUUGACGGGGCCAAUGUCGUCCCAAACCUCUGGCUGCACCGCUUUGAAGUCAUCAACGACCUCAACCAUUGGGACCAUAUCACCAAGCUCAGGUUCCUGAAAGAGUCCCUCAGAGGAGAGGCCCUGGAUGUCUACAAUGGGCUCAGUCCCCAGGACCAGGGAGACUACGGGACUGUGAAAGAGACUCUCCUGAAGGCCUUUGGGGUCCCUGGGGCUGCCCCCAGCCACUUGCCCAAAGAGAUCGUCUUUGCCAACAGCAUGGGUAAGGGCUACUAUCUCAAGGGGAAGAUUGGUAAAGUGCCCGUGAGGUUCCUGGUGGACUCUGGGGCCCAGGUCUCUGUGGUCCACCCAAACUUGUGGGAGGAGGUCACCGAUGGUGAUCUGGACACUCUGCGGCCCUUUGAGAGCGUGGUAAAGGUGGCCAAUGGUGCUGAAAUGAAGAUCCUGGGUGUCUGGGAUACAGCCGUGUCCCUAGGCAAGCUGAAGCUGAAGGCACAGUUCCUAGUGGCCAAUGCAAGUGCUGAGGAAGCCAUCAUCGGCACUGAUGUGCUCCAGGACCACAACGCUGUCCUGGACUUUGAGCACCGCACAUGCACCCUGAAAGGGAAGAAGUUCCGCCUUCUGCCUGUGGGAGGGUCCCUGGAAGAUGAAUUUGACCUGGAGCUCAUAGAGGAGGACCCCUCCUCAGAAGAAGGGCGGCAGGAGCUCUCCCACUGAGAAGCCCCCUUUUCUCUAACCUCCUAAAUAUUGGUGGGAAGGCCCACCACUGUGUGGGGGGGGGAGCGCAUAUCCUCAGGGAGAUCACUGGGCUUGGCCAAUCCGCUUAUCAACUCUUGCUCUUCCCUCCUCUCUUCCUCCCUCUGCAGGGGCCUUAAUUUGCCCCUGGCUGGGGAGGCUUCCACUGAACAGGCAUAGGUGAGGGAGAUCAGGCUGUCUUAGAGGGACAGGGUCCCCAUGGUCAUCAAGCUGCUAUUGAUGACAAAGACUCAAAGGCUGGAAGAGCUCCCAAGGAAGCUAAAAAUGCUUGUCCUUGAAAGAACUGUGGAACCCCUUCAGAUCCCCUGAGGUAUGGCUUGGUCACUCUCAGGUCCUCAAAGCCUGUCUCAGCUGGGCUGGGUCCUAGCUGCAGGGUCUUUGUGAGGGUCACAGUUGCUCUGAGACACCUCCUCAAGAGCCUUUCCACCUGUACAAUGGUAUUUUCUGUCUAUCAUUUGCUUUGAAGCCCAUUGUGCCUUGUGCCAAUAAUUCAAUUGCUGCAAACACCAAUAAAGAUGGAUUCAUGGAAAAA